AUGGCCCCCCUCAAAGGGAAGUCAUUGAGCCUCGUCAUCGGCCUCGUUGGCGCUGUCGGAUUCGUACUACAAGGUUACGACCAGGCAGUGGCUAAUGGAUUGUUAACACUGCGCUCUUUUAUCGCCGUCUUUCCUCAAAUCGAUACCGUGAAUACUAGCGGUAGUGAGAAAGCUCACAACUCUAAGAUUCAAGGCACAACGGUAGCUAUAUAUGAAGUUGGAUGUGCACUAGGUGCAGGUUCCUGCGCCUUUCUUGGUGACAGACUUGGUCGUCGCAAGACUAUCUUUCUUGCCGGAUGCAUAGCCCUAGUUGGUAUAGCCAUUCAAGCAAGUCCCUUCUCGCUCGGCCAACUUAUUGCUGGCAGAGUCAUUACUGGUCUCGGUGUUGGUGGCUUCACCGCUACAAUCCCAAUGUACGUAUCCGAGUCAUCUGGGGCAGAGGCACGUGGACGAAUGGUUCUGCUAGAGGGAUGGUUUGCGAUCGGCGGAGUUGCUCUCGCAACAUGGUUAGAGUUCGGACUCUACUAUGUCAGCGACAACUCCGCCAGCUGGCGCUUCCCCAUUGCAUUCCAAGGCCUCUUUGGCCUCGUUGUUGUAGUGUGUGUCAUGCUCCUACCUGAGUCUCCCCGCUGGCUCGCUCGUGUCGGUCGCUUCGGUGAGGCAGCUGAAGUGCUGGCGCGCAUGGAGAAUGUACCUAUCGACUCCGAGCGUGUCCCACAAGAACUGGAAAUUAUCCGACAGUCACUUGCAAUUGACGAGAACACCGAAUCGGCAGGAUCUUCCUCGCCAUUUGCGCUCACGAAGAACCGCCACCUGCACCGUACAGUUAUUGCCGUUGGUGUGAACAUUCUGGCGCAGAUGACCGGUGUCAAUAUCAUCACUUUCUACUCUGAUACUAUCUUCGAGUCCGACCUAGGUUACUCAGGUACACUCUCGCGAGUCAUCACCGGAUGUCUGCAAAUAUGGCAAUUCUUGGCUGCAGGCCUGGCUGUUCUACUCAUUGAUCGUCUCGGACGUCGUCCACUGCUUAUAACUGCCGCUGUAGGUAUGACCGUUGCCCAGGCAUGUCUGGCUGGGCUAUCGAGCGAUCUUGGAAAUAGGUCUGCAGCUGGCGCAUCACUCUUGUUCUACUUUGUAGCGCUCUUCUGCUUCCCUAUUGGACUUUUCCUUGUCCCAUUCAUGUAUGCCGCAGAGAUCGCACCGCUACGCACUCGUGCUAAAGUUACUGCCAUGUCAGCUGCGGCAAACUGGCUCUUCAACUUCGUGUUGGCAGAGGUGAGCCCUGUUGGCUUCGCUACGAUCCACUGGCGGUACUACAUUGUCUAUGCGUGUAUUAGCGCAUUUGCUUGCUUGUGCUUCUAUUUGUUCUGCCCUGAGACUAAAGGCCGUACACUGGAGGAGAUAGAUGAUAUUUUCGUUCAGUCGAAGUCUGUCUUUGAUACUGUUCGAAUUGCACAGGAGAUGCCUUACCAGGCGGAAGUUCUUGUGCACGUCAACGAUACUGAGAAGGGUGGGCUGGAGGCUACGCAGAUGGAGAAUGCUUGA